AUGGCGCAAAUGUUGCUCCUUUGGUGGUCAAAAACGACCACCAAGACUGGUGGUGUUGGUACCAUUGCCACCACCAGUAAGACUGUUGAAAAUAUUGGCAGUACACAAAAUUGUUUUUGUGGGUGUCUAACAAAGCUUUUGAAGAAGCUAAAGAAGAGAGGAAGAGUGAUACGCGCUGCCGCUGCAGGUAGGCAAUCUUCAUUCCAGUGCCGGUAUGAUCCAUUGAGUUAUUCUCUCAAUUUUGAUACAAGUGGGUGCGGAAGCAUGUUAGAUGAUGAAGAUUACUACCACUUCUGUGCUUUCACGUCAAGGUUUGCGGCCAACCCAUCAGAAAGCAGGAUCAGUACUACAUCCUCUUCUUCAAGAAUACCAGUGGCUACUUCUCACUAG